AUGUAUAAUUUAGACCUUGGGAAUUAGCAGCUAAACAAAGAAUUAGAAACUAAAGUUGAAGCUCAAUUAGCAAGCCUAGAGAAAGCAAAGUACUGUUUAACUACUAAUAGCGGAGUUUCCUCAAUAUCUAUUGUAUUACAAUUGCUGAAUCACGGUGAUUGUGUUGCAGUUUAACAUGAUUAUUACAAUGGAACUAGAUCUUUGAUAAAUAAGAUUAUGAAUCACAGAUAUACUAAUGUAACACUUGAUCAAAUCGAUCCAUACUCAUAAUUAGAGAACCUAUUAUCUAGACCUAAUAAUGAUAUAAAAUUAGUAUUCUUAGAAUCACCUUCAAAUCCGAUGAUGACUAUCAUUGACUUUGAGCGCAUCUCCUAAAUUUGUAAGAAGCAUAAGGUAAUCAGUGCAGCUGAUAACACCAUAUGCUCUCCUAUUUAUCAGAAUCCAUUGACACAUGGUAUUGAUAUAGUCAUUCACUCUUGUACUAAGUACAUUGGAGGCCACUCAGAUUGUGUCGCUGGUGCUAUUUGCACCAAAGAUGAAGACAUUUAUAAAAAAAUGAGAUACCUUAGGGAUAUUACUGGCCAAUAAACAAAUCAAUUUAAUCUCUAUCUUAUGGACUAGGGACUCUAAACUCUAAAAAUAAGAGCAUAGCGAGUUCAUAAAAACGCCAUUAAAAUAGCAGAGUAUUUGAAAAGUCAUCCAAAGGUUGCUAAAGUUUAUUUCCCGCUCUUUGAUACUCACGCUGAAAUCGAUAUCAUGAAGAAGCAGAGUACAGGUUAUUUGGGGUUGAUCAGUUUUCAUAUAAAUACUGAUGAUUUUGAUGAGAGCUGUGAGUUUCCUAAGCGCCUAAAAAUGUUUGAGUUUGGGCCAAGUCUAGGAGGUGUAAUUAGUUCUAUUGAGUAGUAAGGUACAAGUCAUAAAAGUUAGUUUACACCAGAGGAUGCAAUAAAGAGAGGUUUUAAAGAUAAUCUGAUGAGAAUAUCCGUUGGAAUAGAAAAUGCUGCAGAUUUGAUUGCAGAUUUAGAAUAGUCUCUUUCAAAGGUUAAGGUCAUUAAAUAUGAACCCAAAUUGUGA